AUGGUGGGGCCGGAGCUGUUGGCGGCGGGGGUGUGGGAGGUACAGGCGGGGCAGGAGGUGGGGGUGACGCAGCGGUUGGGGGAGUAUUGUCGGAGGGCGUUUGAGGGGGUGGAUUUGGAGCAGUAUGCCCGGCCAGAGCUGGUGGAUCUGCAGCAGGCGGGGGAGCCGGCCAUGGCACAGGAGGUGACUCGACUGCGACAGGCCGACGCUCGGACCACAUUGUAUCGCUUACGCCUCGAACAGGCUUGUGCUGCCCUUGAGGCCGAGCAGCGAUGUGCUCAGCAACUCUUGCCAGCGCUUCAUGCUCUCCCCCUGGGUCCCCAGCAGCUGGACGCCGCCAGCCUCGGGUUCUUGGCUGUCGUUCUUGCCCAUGUCCUCAUCCGGAUCCUCGGUCACCCAGGCGACAAGCCAGCGAGCGUGAAGCCACGGCGGCUCGCCUUGAUGAAGAGCUGCACGAAAUCAGACCUGGAGGACGCCGGGACCCGCCAUCAGCGGCCCCUGGAGGUGAUUGCGAGCCAUGACACGGCCAUGUUGGACCUUGCCAAAGCCGUUGUCGGGCCGAAUAAGGAAUUGGCAUCGUACGAGGAUGUGCGCGUGGGUCUGGAGCAGUUACUGGAGAGGCACCAUGAGGCGCAACAACGCAAUUCGCGCUUGCACACGUCGCUGGCCGAGCAGGUUUACAAGACCGAACACGUGCUGGGAGGCGCCAUGAAGUAUGCCUACCACCCUGCCGGUCACUUGAUUGAGACUGACAGCAGCUUGACGGACCGAAACCGACGCGCUGUUUUCGACGCCUGGGGCCGGUACUGGAACCUGUCGCGCCCAGUGCUGGUGGAAAAGUCACCGCGCCACACCAUCAUGACUCGCUACCUGCAAACCAUGUUCACGCCGGACAAGUCACGAUUCCUUGUUAUCAUGCGCCACCCGCUCGCCGCUUCCCACUACGAAUGGUUCCGCAACCGCAAGUACGACGAGGCUCGUGGCCACUGUGGUCGCCCCUGGAUUGAACACUGGCUCGCCAUCUAUCGCUGGGUCCGCGAGGACAUUCCCCACCUGCGUGAGGCCCGCGUCUUCCAGUAUGAACGCAUGUUGGCCGGGGCCCCCAUGCUGCAAGACUCGCGCCUACUCGCCAAGGCCUGGGUCAACGCUCUCUAUCGCUUCAUGGGCCUCGAAGAAGAUGUCGUGGACAUUGAAUACCAAAAGGCGGCACGCCCCGACGAAACCAUGCCCCUUGAACUCCACGCUCUUCACGAGAUGGAUGACGGCGCGUCCAACAACGGCGCCCGUCGUCGCCGCCUGCUUGGCCUCAACUUGACCACCGAACGCCUGGACGACGAUAUCUGGGAGCCAGAAGUGGCCGUCGAUCCCGCACCCCAGCUUGGCGGAUCUGCCCGGACCGGUCGCAAAUUGCUCGAAUUUUACGGUGGCAACCGCCUUCAGGUGCGCGUCAACGACCGCCUUGUUUACCACUGGAUCCCUCAGUGGUAUGACCUGAUUGACAUGGAGUCUGAGGUUUGCCAAGGCGUGAUUGACGACUAUGAGCGCGAGCUGAACGAGUACGGCUACUCGCUCAAGGUUCUCAACUACGCCGCCCCACCCCCGGCCUUUGUGGACAACCACGUCCAACUUCGCCCCUAAACCCAAAACAACAUUGCCCCGCCUCCCCCUAAGCUAAUUUCAAAAUGCAGUGCGACGUCCUUGGACCAAACCGCCGCGCGACAUUUUUAUUAUUUUUUUUUCUUCUUGUUGCUUGUCUCCAUGACCCAUCUUUAGCUGCGUGUUUGUUGCCUGUCUUUGUGUGUCCGUGUUUGUUAUGUCGCAUCCUGGUGUGUGUGAGCAACCCAACUUACCAGCCCAGUCUUCGGUCAACUUGAUAAGGCGCGCCCAUGCUCAUGAUCAAAACACACACACACAAGGCCCAAGGUGUCUGCUUGGCAAAUCUGACCCA